GAGAGAAAGUCAAGGUUAAGGGCAGCUCACUGUAUUGUUGGGUGUGUCAAAUCUACCAGUGGGAGUUUCACAUGCAGUGUCUGUGUAUGUUAUAACAGACUUACAACUACAGCUAUGUAAAGGCUCUCCUUUCGCUUCAGCACCCCAACACAGCCAUAGGCACCCUAGAGCCAUGUUAACCCCUGCUUCCCUGCGCUGUUUACUGCCUCUUGGAAGAAAUAAAGGACUCUCUCUGCUGCAGACAUGCAGGAUCACUGGAACCCAGGGCAGACUCACAGCAGGGGCAGCUGCAGCUGGGGUAACAGAGGGGGAGAAGAGAUACAAGACAUUUGAUGAUCUCCCUGGACCCAACCUCCUCACCAGCAUCUACUGGGUUUUCCUGAAAGGAUACUGGCAGUACUCACAUGAAUUGCAAGGAGUGUUUAAGAAGAAAUAUGGCCCGAUCUGGAAAACCACUUUAGGUCGAUACAAAGUCGUGAAUGUUGUCGAUGUGGAUUUAGUUGAAACAAUCCUGAGGAAGGAAGGGAACUAUCCAAUAAGGAACGAUAUGGAGCUCUGGAAAAUAUAUCGUCGUAUGCGAGAUCUGGAGCUCGGACCAUUUACAGUGGAAGGCCACCGCUGGAAGACGUUACGGACCGUGCUAAAUACUAGAAUGCUGAAACCAGGAGAGGCGCUCUUAUACACAGAUUAUAUAAACGAAGUGGUUUCAGACUUUCUGCUGAGACUGGAUGAAUUAAGGGAGAAUUCUUCAUCUGGAGUCAUGGUGGAGGAUGUGCUAAAGGCAAUGUACAGAUUUGCAUUUGAAGGUAUAUCGUACAUACUCUUUGAGACUCGGAUUGGCUGCCUGGAGAAGGAAAUCUCACCAGAUACCCAGGGGUUUAUUGAUUCCAUUGGUGGUGCGCUUAAGUACGCUGUCUUGGUAACUUUCUUUCCACAGUGGACCAAAUCAUUUCUGCCCAUCUGGGAUCGCUAUAUAGCCUACUGGGAUCAUAUGUUCCACUUUGGGAAAGUGUUGAUUGACAACAAAAUGAAUUCGAUCCAGGAGCGUUUGGAUCGUGGUGAAGAGGUGAAAGGUGAAUACCUGACAUACUUGCUUUCCAGCGGUAAACUAACCGUUAAGGAAGUUUACUCCAGCGUCACAGAACUGCUAUUGGCUGGUGUUGAUACAACAUCAAACACAUUAACUUGGACUAUGUUCCUACUGUCAAAACACCCAGAGAUCCAGGAUCAGCUUUUUAAAGAGGUAUCGUCAGUAAUUCCAGGACGAAAGAUACCAACUUCGGAUGAUAUCAACAACAUGCCACUGUUGAAGGCUGUGAUUAGAGAAUCACUGAGGAUUUAUCCUGCUGUAGCAACCAAUUCGAGAGUCGUGGUCGAGAAACCAAUGGUCGUAGGAGACUACUGCUUCCCAGAAGGUACUCAGUUUACUCUGGGUCAUUACCAAAUUGCCAGAGAGGAGGCCAACUUUCCAGAACCCACCAAAUUUAUUCCUCAACGCUGGUUCCGAGACCAACGAGUAAAGAAUAACCCUUUCAGUGCAAUCCCCUUUGGGCAUGGAAUUCGAGCCUGCGUGGGGAGGCGGAUAGCAGAGCUGGAAAUGUACCUGGCGUUAUCUCGGAUAAUACAGAAGUAUGAGAUAAAACCGGACCCCAAGGGUGCAAAGAUCAGAUCCGUAGCAAGACUCGCCCUGGUCCCUAACAAGCCUAUAAGGCUGGAAUUUCACGUCAGAGAUCAGUGGGCCGCGCACUCCUCGUGAACAUUUCUAGAAUACCAGUUGACAUUUUUCUCAGAAAUCACCGGAGUUUUCCCAUUAGAUGUCACAGACAAAAUUGGAUGCUCAGUUUAUCCUUUGCAAAAAAUGUAACAUUCUAGCUAUAUAAAUGAACCUCGUAACCAGAAUGUUGCAAUAUAUCUUUUUGUCUAUAGGGAAUGCAAUGUUUUAGAUUUUUGUAAUUUUAAAAUCAAGUUUUCCAUGUUGUAACAUUUAAAAUACUUCUCUGCUCAGCCACGAUCAACACUUUUCUGUAGAGUUUUGCUUUUCUUCUUUUUCAAAUGAAAACACCUGUUAUCAAACAAUCAUUUCAACAAUUCCUCAAAUUCCCACACCAAAAUAAGUACAUUUUUUAGUCCAAUCAUAUUGGUUUCAAUGUAAAUGUUUUCUUUACAAGCUGGUCCUACAUGCAACGAGCUCAAAAUGUCAAAAUUCUACCUCUUUUGUAGCAAUAUGUCUGA